CGUGACGGGGACAACAACGUUACGUCAUUUCCAUUAGAUUUCACUACGCGUGGAGCCAUGUGAGAGUUAUGAAAGUUCCAACCAGGUUAUUCAACAAGGGAGUUAUAACACAGAACGAGCCUACCUCAGCGACAGUGGGGCAUACGCGCGGAGGUCUCAAGAGGUCUCAUUUGCACAUCAAAAAAGGUGACAUGUUUGGCGUGGUAGUAGUGGGCAUUGGGAUAGCUGGGCGGGUGAGAAUCCGGGACCUGCUUGCCCCCCUGCCCUCCAGUGCUACAGAGAAGAUGAGUGUGAAGGGAUUCGUCUCGAGGAGGACCCUUGGGGACGAGCAGGGUGUUAAACAGAUCUCAGUGGAGGAGGCGGUGGAGAGAGAGGACAUCCAGGUUGCCAUGGUGUGCACAGAGAACACAUUCCACGAGGAGCACAUAAGGAGGUUUCUGGAGGCUGGGAAGCACGUGUGUGUCGAGUACCCCAUGACCCUGAACUACAAAGCCGCAGCUGAACUCCACGACCUCGCCCAGCAGAAAGGUUUGGUCCUGCAUGAGGAGCAUAUUGAGCUGUUCACUCCUGACUUUAAGCAGCUGAAGAAGGACGUGGCUGGGAAGACACUGGAGGAUGGCUCACUACACUUCACAGGGGGUCCACUGAAGAAUGACUUUGGCUUCCUGGCCUUCAGCGGCAUCGCCCGCCUCACCUGGCUGGUGGACCUGUUCGGUGAGCUGAGUGUCAGUAGCGCCACCAUGGUGGAGGACAAGGAGAAGAACUACAUGAAGAUGACGGUGCAGCUGCAGACCGAGAAGCAGAAGCCCAUCACCUGGGUCGAGGAGCGUGGUCCGAACCUCCCGAGGGUGAAGAACAUCAACUUCCGCUUCGACUCGUGCUCCAUGACGGAGCUCCCGAAUGCCCCCAGGGAGCCGGUGGGGCUCUUCAUGCAGGACCUGGUGCUGUUUGGACAGAAGCUUUUGGGCCAGCUGCCCCCUGCCCAGCUCCAGGCCGAGCAGAAGAGGGUCCUCCACUGCCUGCAGCUGGCAGAACGCAUCCAGCAGCUCAGCAAGACCACUGCCUGAGGGAGACACCCCCACAGGUGUAGGGCAAGACCACACAGAGCUGGGGAGAGCCAAAUAACUUAACUUACAUGUUGGCUAAAUAAACGCUCAAACACUCCCAUCAUCCCCUCUCUGUCUCCAAUGCAGAGGAGUGUGAGGGGGCGGUUGUUUUUUCGUUUGUCAGUUGUUCACAUUGUCUGUUUUAUCAUCUUUAUCAUGUUUAUCCUGUUUAUUGAGCUGAGGUUCUGAUCAAGGUUUCUUCUUGUUAAAAGGGAGUUAGCCCUACCCCAGUUGCCUUAGUGCUUGCUCUAGGGUUCAGGCUCUGUAAAAACGCCUAGAGACUGUUACUGGUGCUAUAUAAAUAAUUGGAUUGAAUUGAGUUUAAUCAUCCUCCCCAGCCGCAAAGGUGUGUGUGGGGCGGAAGAGGGAAAAUAUAUAAGACUGACAUGUUUAUUAAACUUUGAUGACUUACAAGUUACACUUGACACAAGACUGGAAUUGCUACCAUUAUACUAACAGACACAUUUCUUUAAAGUGUCAUGCUUUUAAUAUUUAAUAUUGAAAUGAUUUUCUCGGGGGAGUUGGUGCUUUAAGAUCUAGCCCAGAAAUAUGUCUACAGCUUUGUCAAGUCAGGAAGUCAGCAAUACUUUUUUGUUUGAAGAUGCCACCAACAAAGGAAGUAGACCACACUGUCUUAAAGCUGUGUGUCGUUUCAGUUAAAACUAAAAAAAAAGUUUUAAAAGUGUAUUAAUCAUAGCUUUCGGUCAGGAUCUUAAUAGAUUGAUAAACUUAAAGAAUCUGUGCCUUAUCAGAAAGCCUUCACGGCAAGAAAGGCUACAAGCCUGGCACAUACAGUCAACAGUCGCAAGGCUUUUUCAACUUUCACCCAAACUGAAUCACUACCUGUGUGAAUUUCCACUGUGUAUUUCAGGAAGUGGUCAACAUACGUAGGUCCACGUCUCUGUUCUGGGGCACAACACGAGUUGAUACAUGUCAAUAAGCCCAUUCUGUGCAUCCUGCAUUGUCCACAUAACACUGUGCAGCUCAAUCAAAUAGGGGUUACGUGGAUGAGAGAAAAUACCAGCUGCAGUUUUGUUUCACAUUUUUUUCCUUAAAUAUUGCACAACGAAAGGGAGUCGUUUUGAAUUGUUUACCAAGGAUAUGACCUCGGUCUGGACAUACUUGUCCUUUUUGUGUACCAUGUGAAGAUAAUGUUCAUUUUGUGUUCAUGCAAAUAAUAAAUAGUGCCUGCAAUGCUGUA